AUGAAAGGCGUGAAGCGCGCCGAUUCCGUGAAGCCCCAGAAGAUCGACGGCUGGUUCGCCAUCCACGAUGGCUACAGUGGCGCGGCUUCGGCGCUUAAGGCGGCUGACGUAAUCUUCUAUGGCGACUCGCUCAUAGAGGGAUGGAGCGAGAAGUUUCUGGGAAGGCAGCUGGGACUCUACGCUGGUGUCAGCGCCGUGUUUGAUGCUCUCAAGGCGUCUCUCGGUGCGGGGAAGGAGGUGCGGGCGUUUGGGAUUGCAGGCGACACAACGGAUGACCUUAUAUGGAGGUUGGAGAACGGCGAGCGCCCAGCCUCGCUCACCCUCACUCUAGCAGUGGUCUGCGUUGGCAUUAACGACGUUUUUGAGUCUGUUACUAACGGUGGCGUGGACGCGCAGGCGAUCGCUAGUAAGGUUGGCGAUGUGGUAACCGCAAUUCGCGCGUCACAACCCACCACGAAAGUGCUCGUCCUUGGCCUGCUACCCGAGGGGUACCUCUCCAAGUCAACGCAACCAGACCCGCAGCCAGGGCAAGUCAACGCUGUUCUAGCACAGUCAAUUCCAGAUGACACGAGCACCUACUUUUUGGACUGUAAGGAUGCGUUCCUUAACGAGGAUGGCCUUCUGCUUGAAGACCACUAUGUCAGCGACUCCUUCCAGCGCCUGCACCUGUCAGCAGCAGGCUACGGCGCAUGGGCCAGAUGCAUCGCCCCGCAGGCCCAGGCCAUGCUCGGGGAGAAGCCUGUAGGUCUGCCUGUGGCAUCAUCUCCCGACCAGGGUGGUGGCAGCAGCCUCAACGGCCCUUCUGGUGAAUCUCCUCCUUCGCUCCCCUCCUCUUCUCCCUCCUCACCCUCCUCUCCUUCAUCCCCUUCAUCUCCUUCCUCUCCCUCACCUUCUGACUCCUCUCCACCCUCUGCAUCAUCGCCUCCCUCAUCCCCCUCACCUUCUUCUCCCUCCACUUCUCCUUCCUCUCCCUCCACUGCGCCCUCAUCUCCCUCCACUUCUCCUCCCACCACCAAUACCUCCUCCCCUGACCCUGCUUCCCCCCCCAAAUCUCCUGACUCGGACAAGAAACCACCCACAACAACCGAUCCCCUCCCCACACCCCCAUCCCCCUCCACCAAUCCCCCUGAUCCCUCCAACUCAACUACCCCUAAAGAACCUUCCUCCCCUUCACCUCCUCCCAAAGAACCUUCCAAAGAACCUUCCAAAGGACCUUCCAAAGUGCCUUCCUCUCCUGCUCUCACCCCCCAAAAUAGCUCCUACCCGACUCUCCCAGGAGAAAUACCCGCCACCCUCACGCCCAUUCCUUCCUCCUCCUCUCCAACCCCCCCCACCUCCACCUCCGCUCCGAUACCCCCCACCUCUGCUCCAACCCCCCCCACCUCCGUUCCAACCCCCUCCACCUCUGCUCCUCAAACCCCUGUUUUGGAAACAAACAAUACCAUGUCUCCUAAAAAAGAAUCAUCAACAGGGGGUGCUGAUGGUGCUGGCUCUGACGCGUUUGGCCGCUUCGGCCAGGUGGAAGGCCUCGCGAUUCUCUACCAGAGGGAGUUUGCUUACGUGGACAUGGCCACGUCAGCACAGGCCAGCGAGGCGAGGCGGGUGCUGGCGGGGAAGCCGCUGCGUCCGGGCCUGCUGCCGCUGAAAGUAGAAUUCGCUUAUGCCAAGGGGUCAACGGCGGGCGGAGGGGCACCACAACCGCCGCCAGCCAGCCAACCGAAGGAGAAGGAGCGGGAGCGGCCGAGGGGGCCGGGGGUGCGGAGGGUGGUGUGGGUGGGGUGGGGGCCGGCGCACGUGGUCCCUGAGGAGAUCGACGCGGAGUUCCGGCGCUUCGGCCCCAUCGAGGACCUGCGCUUCCACCCCGACCGCGCCUGUGCGUUUGUCGACUACCGCUUUGAGGACGACGCCCAGGCCGCCGUGGCAUCCAUCAACAACGUCCGCACGCGCGACGGAGGGGUGUUUCGCGUGGAGUUUGCGAAAUCGGGCCCUCAUGCCGGGGGAGGAGGGGGUGGUGGCGGUGGCGGCGGCGGUGGUGGUGGUGGUAGAGGUGGUGGUGGUGGUGGUGGGGGGAGUGGGGACGGGUCUCCAAGCGAGAUUCUCUGGGUGGGGUUUCCGAGCACGCUCACAGUCACAGAGGAGCGGCUUCACGCGGCCUUCUCCCAGCAUGGGCAGAUUCGGCGCAUCAAGACGUUCCCGGGGCGCACGUACGCGUUUGUGGAGAUGGGCACGUGCGAGCAGGCGACCAAUGCGAUCCGCGCAUUGGACCACGUUCUGUUUAACGAUGAGCGCGUGCACAUCCGGUACUCGAAAAGCGAGUUCGCGUUCAUGCAUGCCGCAGACCCGCCCUUCUCCUCCCCUGCUGCUGCCGCUGCAGCAGGAGUUGCAGGUGGGGAGGCGGUUGGUGAGAGGGGCAGGCAGGGAGGCGGGCCGGGCGGGCCCGGCGGUGGGGGGGUGUCUGGUGGUCCGUACGAGGUGGACAGGGGCCGCAGAAGCAGCGGCUGGGAUGUUGUCGUGCCUCCAGCUGCCUCUCCUGCUGUUUCUGUUGGUUCCGCUGCCACCAGACCUCCCAUCCCGGGCCGUCCGGGCUUGCCUGGUCUGGCCCCCGGCUCCGUAGCUCCUCCCGGACCUGGAGGACUGGCUCGGGCGGUUGGGGCUGCGGGUGGUCCGGGAUCGCAUUGGAAGGGGACGUUGGCCAAGGGGGGGAUUCUCGUGUGCCAUGCGCGGGCGAUCCCCAUCGGUCCCGGCAUCUCUGCACCCAUGCCUGAUGUGCUGAACUGCUCGGCGCGCACAGAAUUGGACACUCUAGCAAAGCACGUGCGCGCAGCAGCGGAUUUCGGAGUGGUGGCCAUCAUCCCCGAGGCACAGCCGGACGUCCCUCCUUACCACGACCUCGUGCAGUACCUGGGGGAGAAGCGCCGCGCGGGGGUAGCCAAGCUGCCUGACGGCUCUACGCUCUUCCUCGUCCCGCCCUCCGACUUUGCCGUUUCUGUUCUCCAAGUGCCCAGAAACGACUCCCUCUUUGGCGUUUACCUCACCGUCGCUGCUCCUGCCGCUCCUGCUGCUCCUCCUCCCGCUCUUCCCGGUACUUCUGCUGUUCCCGGUGUUCUCGCUCCGCCUGCGCUUUCCUCCGGUCCUGCUCUGCCGGCAGGCGCUGCUGCUGCAUCUGCAGCUGCUGGGAUGUUGCCAGCUGGGAUGUUGCAAGGUGCCCCACCAGGGCUGGUUUCUCCCGGUCCUCUUCCUCAGAUGCCCCCGCUUCCUCUCCCGCACGCAGGGCUGAUGCCCCAAGGGCAACCGGGGAGACCUCCUUUGCCUCCCAAUCAACAGAUACAGGGUCAGCAGCAGCAGCAGCUGCAAGCUGGAGCCUCGUCGUUUAGGUGGCAGCAGCAGCAGCAGCAGCAGCAGGGAGGGGGAGUAGGCGUGUCCACCCAGCCUCUUUCCCCUCCCCAGAGACCUUUGCAAGCACCAAUGCACCCAUCCGCGGUUCCUAUGCCUCGUGCCCCUGGCGCUGGUCCUGGGUUACCGCCUGGUUACCAGCCUCCCUCCUUCACACCUCCGGCCCCUCCCAAUGCCCGUGCUUCUACCUCCCCCAUCCCACCUGCGGCUCUUCAGCUGAUCCGCCCCCCUGUGGGAGUUGGAAGCACUGAGGAAGCAGCAGCAGGGGCAGGGGCAGGGGCAGGGGCAGGGCAGGGUGCGACAGGAGCAGGCUUUUCUGGGGCGGGUUUACCUGCUGGGAUCACCCCAGAGCUCCUGGCGUCUCUGUCGUCUCUUCUUCCCAAGCUGAACGUUCCGGCUGCCACUGGCAGCACUGCUGCCGCUCCUGGAAAUGCCUCUGCUCCUGCCACUGCACCUGGUCCCGGCAUGGGUAUGGGUGUUCCCCCCACUGGCGCAGGCAUGGGUGGGAUGAAAAGGGAUUUCUCAGCAACGCCCCCGCUCCCCCCUGCUCCUCCAACCGCGGGGCAGUUUAACCAGAGGCCUCCCGGCCCUCCUCUUCCACCCCUCCCUCCCCAGCAGCAGCAGCAGCGGCAGCAGCAGGUGGUGUCAACCCCUCAGUUCACCCCAGAGCAGCUGGCUCAGCUAAGUGCCGUUUCAGGUGCGCCCUCAGGGGUCCCUCUAACCCCAUGUGCUCCUUCUGCACCCUUUCCUGGUGCCGGUUUCGCUGGGCCUGCACCCAGAGGGCCCUUUCAAGGACCGCCACUGCCCCCGCCACAACAGCAGCCACAGCAGCAGUGGCGGCAGCAGCAGCAGCAGAUGCAGCAGCAACCACAGCAGCAGCAGCAGCAGCAGCAGCAGCAGGUGCAAGGACAGGUGGAUGGUUCUGGCUAUGGUGGUGGCAUGAGGGGCCAGGGGUUUGGUGAUCGCAGCAGCAUGAGUGGGGGCGGUGGUCCUCCUGGUGGUGCUGCUGCUUGGGGUGGCAUGACCUCCGCUGGAACUGGUUCUGGUGCUGGUGGUGGUGGUGGUGGUCCUUCAGGUUUUGGUAGUGGUGGUGGUGGCGCUGCUGGUGGUGCUGGUGGUGUUGCGGCCUCGUUUUCCCCUCAAUGGGGUCAGCAGGGGCCUUCUGCACCUUUACCUCCUCAGCAACCUCUCUACCAGCAGCAGCAGGCAGCUGGUGGUUACGGACCAGUGCGCCUCGCUUCUCUUGCACAUGCAGACCCCUGCUUAUGUGCAGAGUGGCGGGGAGUGAUGUGA